AUGUCGCACCCUAGUGCUCGGUCGACAGCCGUGCCUAUCACGGGCACGUCGGCGUCAGCUGCUGAGGCUACAAGAGAGUUCCUUGAUACAGUGGAUGCAUACCUCUCUGAGAACAGCUCUCUGUUGAUGAAGUUCAAGCCUUUGGAAGUGUGCAACAUAUCCUGGGCCUUGGUCAACGUGGGUAUUGUCAAUAAGGAGUUCUUGGACACGGUCUUUGGCAACAUAUCUGCAUCUGCUGUACAAAGCUUGGAUAGCAAUAGUCUAACUCAGCUGCUGGAAGCAUGUACAACGGCAAUGGAUGUCGUUGCUAUGUCGAUGAACAGCGAGACCUUGGAGUGGUGCCCGAUGCCUAUAGAGACUCUACAGAGUUUAACUGAGAAGUUGUUGAUGACUAGGGCGAGAGGAUACACUCAAGAGCAACUAGACUCUGUGACCAUCUCUAUGUGCAAGCUGUUGGCCUACUUCCGGUAUGGCGGUGGCUCGGCUGUUGGAGAUGAGACUCAUGUUAUUGAUGAUGGCUUAUACGAUCUACUAGCACAGGAGUAUAUCCAAGCUGAAGGGGCGGGUUGGACGCUUAAGGGUGCACUAAGUCUACUUAGUUUGCCCGUUAUGGAGAUGUACCGUCCUGGUGCAUUGGAGGUGUUAAGUGCCCGUGUCGUGUCUGGGGAUAUCGAUCUCUCUGUUUCUGCUAUGCCUGAGUUGAUAUCUACACUAGAAAUGGUAGUAGCCUCUGAGAGUUGCCAAUCUCGCGGUGUAGAGUCUAAGGCUAUAGUAUCACGUUCUAAUACGUCAAUCAUUACAAUGUGCGCCCGAGCCAUGGCUGAGCAGAACGAUCUGUCCUUGCCGUUGGUGCAGCGCAUGCGUGCUCUCACAGGAUCGGACCAGCUCGCAUCGACACUAGCCGAUUCGAUAGCUAUUGCCAGUCUACUUGCUGACGUGCGUCUUGAUGUUAUUGAUGAACCGGUGCUUAAGGGCUUGCUAUCUGCACUCACAGAAGCCUAUUAUCAGAAUGCUACUGCGUUGGAGCCCGAGAUGAUCUCGACUUUGGGGUCAUGCCUGGCAUCGACCCUGAGCCAGUGUGGUCCUCAAGACGCCAGCCGGUAUUUGGACACUUUGUCGGAGGAUGCGUGCACAGCGACAAGGAUCGAGCAGCUCUUGCCGGGCACCUGCCUUUCGGUCCUGUCCUUCUUCACUAAAGACACGCAGAAUUGUGAAGAUCUAUGGGCUCGUCUAUCAGCUCUCACUGAUGUGGUCUAUGCUCACUUCAGUGUUAUUGGAGAGGUCGAGGACGCAGCGCCCUACUCGCUAACGGAUACGAUAGACCUAUUUUUCCUACGAGACUACUAUGGCCAGAAAGUCGAGGACGAACAGAUAGAGGCUUGCAUCUCGCGGUUGCGGUCUCUUACGAAUGAGGCGCCCCAAACCAACGUAGUCCCUCUUGGAAGCCUCUGCAAGCUCGCCUUCCUCGGCCCUUCUCGGCUAGCUUUAGAGACCGUGGUGCUGCCAGCGAUAGCCAGCUCUGUAGAGGAGAUGGGACUUCAGUCGAUAUCCUCUAAUGAGUUAGCCAUGCUCGUCUAUUCACUUUCACGCGAAAACGUCCCGGCAUAUUCUGGUCUACUCGAGCGAAGUUUACAGAAGUUGCUGUCUGAGCCAGGCUUGUCUACUCUCAAAAGCCUUGCUGUUAUUUACGGUCUCAAUACAUGUCGUCCAGGGAUGGUCGGAUCGUAUGUAGCGCUGGGGCCGUCUGAAGCAGUGACUACAGCUCUCGUGGAGGCUGCGAGAUGUCCUGGUCAUUGCAUUCAGAUGAUGGCCUCUGAGGUUAAGGAGAUAGUCCGUCGCUCCGUCCAAUCGGUCGAGGACUACUCUGUUGCUGGUAGUGGCGCCGGCUCAGCAGCGUAUAUGAGGGGUCCUACUAGCAAGGAUGACGAUGCUCUGGCUGCGGCGGCCUUCAUGCCCGAGAGUUAUGAAGAUUUGGAUACUUCCGCGUUAUCGAGUAUACAAGCUCUUUUAGACUAA